CGCUAGCAGGCUGCAUGAUCUAACGGGAGUGUCAUUUCCUGUCUGUAGCUCUUCAGCCAAGUAUUUCAGUAAACGUUUUUAUGUGUAUUACGAACCAACAUGAUAAACCACAUUAACGCUGCUGCUCAGCAAAAGAAUCUGGAAGGAUAUGUUGGCUUUGCAAGCCUCCCCAACCAAGUGUACAGGAAGUCUGUCAAGAGGGGCUUUGAGUUCACCCUGAUGGUCGUUGGUGAAUCAGGGUUGGGUAAAUCCACGUUGAUCAACUCUCUGUUCCUAACAGACCUGUAUUCAGCAGAGUAUCCCGGACCUUCGCAUCGAAUCAAAAAGACUGUACAGGUGGAGCAGUCCAAAGUUUUAAUAAAGGAAGGCGGCGUCCAGCUGCUGCUCACAAUAGUUGACACCCCAGGGUUCGGAGAUGCUGUUGACAACAGCAACUGCUGGCAGCCAAUCAUCGACCACAUAGACAGCAAGUUUGAAGACUACCUGAACUCAGAAUCCCGGGUGAACAGACGACAGAUGCCUGACAGCCGAAUCCACUGCUGCCUGUACUUCAUCGCCCCCUCGGGACAUGGACUGAAGCCCUUGGACAUUGAGUUCAUGAAACGGUUGCAUGAGAAAGUCAAUGUCAUCCCGCUGAUCGCCAAAGCAGACACCCUCACCCCUGAGGAAUGCCAACAGUUCAAGAAACAGAUCAUGCGGGAAAUCCAAGAGCACAAAAUCAAGAUCUACGAGUUCCCUGAGACAGAUGACGAAGAAGAGAACAGGCUGGUGAAGAAGAUAAAGGACAAGUUGCCGCUGGCCGUAGUGGGAAGCAACACCAUCAUCGAGGUGAACAGCAAGAGGGUCAGAGGGAGACAAUACCCCUGGGGGGUUGCAGAAGUUGAAAACAGCGACCAUUGUGACUUCACCAUCCUCAGGGACAUGCUCAUCAGAACUCACAUGCAGGACCUGAAGGACGUGACAAACAACGUCCACUAUGAAAACUACCGCAGCAGGAAGCUGGCCGCUGUCACCUACAACGGCGUGGACAACAACAGAGCUAAAGGCCAACUGUCCACCAAACUUGACACAGUUGAAGGAAUGAGCCCCCUGGCCCAGAUGGAGGAGGAGAGGCGGGAACAUGUGACUAAGAUGAAGAAAAUGGAGAUGGAGAUGGAGCAGGUGUUCGAGAUGAAAGUCAAGGAAAAAGUGCAGAAGCUCAAAGACUCUGAAGCUGAGCUUCAGCGGCGUCACGAGCAGAUGAAGAAGAACCUGGAGGCUCAGCACAAGGAGCUGGAGGAGAAGCGACGCGUGUUUGAGGAGGAGAGAGCAAACUGGGAGGCCCAGCAGCGCCUGGAGCAGCAGAAACUGGAGGCCUCCAGGACUCUGGAGAAAAACAAAAAGAAAGGCAAGAUCUUUUAAAAGACAGUCGGCAGGACCACCCCAGCUCUAGUUAUUAUUGUUUGCCAACGUUGCCGGUCAGGACACCAGCGUGUGGCACUGACAUCACCCACCUCCUUCUCCCUCCUCCUCCCCUCCCUCUCCCCUUCUCCACCCCUCCCUGUCCCCGCUCUGUCUGCCAGCACGGCUGUGCUCCUGCUCCCAGCCACUAGAGGGGGUACUGGGGGCAUUAUGGGUAUGUGAGGAGGUGAAGGGGGUCUUCAUGUACGUACAGAACUGCCACCACAGAGCCCCCCUCGCUGCCUCGGGACUCAUCAUCAUCGAAGAAUGUGUUUUCCCUUAACAGAAAAAAUGCAUCUGUUUUAGAAAGGCCAAACCCAUAUUAUUAUUUUAAUUAUUAUUAUUGCUGUUAUUAUAAUUAUUAUUAUUAUUGUUGUUGUUAUAACUGAAGACUGUCCCCGCCACCCACUUGUUGCUCUCUUUUUUCCUCCCAAGGUUGCUUUUAAAAUGACUGAUGUGUACAGUUUUAUGGGGAGCACUGCAGACAAAAAACAAACAAAAAAAAAAACAACCCAUGAGUCAUGUCUGACUGUUGUACAAUCAAGUUCUGGUGAAUCGUAUUUGUUUACAGGAAGAGUGAAAGUAACCGUAUAUGAACAUUAACCUGAUCUUCCGUCAUGUGUUAAAGUAAGAAGAGGACAAGGCAUUAACUAACCCAUUUUGUUUUGAGUGUAUCUGGUAAACCUUGAACCUUCCUAUCAGUGCGACAGUCAACAGAAAAACCUGAAAUCAAGAAAAACAGUAAAAUGCACCUUGGGCCUUUUUAUAGAUUAAAAAAAAAUGGCUAAAGCUUCUUUUUUUUCUGAAAUGUAACGCUUUCUUUUUCCUCUGUGCUUAGCUAUUUCCACUAGCCUUGGACCACCAUUUAUAAUGUCAUAAGUGUUAUAUUUCACUUUAGUUUAUUUUUAUAUAUACCGAGCCAGCUGAAGUAAUAACUUCUUUUGUAUGUUGAGAAAAUCCUCAGAGACUUGAGAGCAGCGUCCACUGUUGAGAAUAGACACACUUUCACAUGCAACAGUGAGCCUGGACGCAUUAAGAAGAAAACAAACCAAUAUUUCAAUCACUCUGCGGAAAGAUCAGUGGGAAUGAAGAGUCAACACCGCAAUUUGCUUUGGCUAUGUACUCCAUCUCUGUAUUUUUAAUUUUAUUUUUCAUUUGUAUUGUACAAAGUCACUUAAUAAACCUGUGAUGAUA